UUGACGCCAAUGGUGCGGCGGGAGCGAGGGACUUUGUACAGCGGCUGAACCUUUUACGACCGCCUGUGGCCGCGUGACGACUGACGAGGGACUGACAUCCGCAAAGGGGUUUAACAAAUUCCAAACUCCGAACCCCAUUGUUCCAGUUUCCAGUUCUUCGUUGUUCGCCGCCAUUGUUUCUCUCACUCGUGCUUAAUGGAGGUUGUGAGACUGCGAGUUUUGUUCAAACACAAGGACCUAUUGACGGCGUCGCUCUCGGGAUUGAGCCGGAGCUGGAUUGUCCUUAAACCUCAUUUCCGAACAAUUUCCGACCUCUCCUCCUACAUCCUUUCCGUUUUUCGUCUUCACGAUGCUUGCCCCAACGGUCUCAUUCUUUCUAUGGAUGGCUUUGUGUUACCUCCGUUUGAGUCGGUUGGUAUCUUAAAGGAUAAAGACAUUGUCAGAGUGAAGAAGAAAAAAAGUAAGGCAAUCUGUCUCAGUGUUGGUAACAAAUUGAUCAAAACUGAGGAAUUCAGGGAGAGUGAAUCAGAGGAAGAUGAACUUAGAGCUCCUUUGCCGGUGAAAGCUGCCCCAGUUGAAAAAAAAGUGUCUAAGAAAAGAAAAGCUUCGAAGAUAAUUCGCAACACGAAGAGGAAGAAAAAUAAUUCUUUCCCCAGUGAAGAAUUUCCAACUAUCGUAGCAGAUGUUCAUUACGCUAAUGAAAUGCAUAAAGAAAGAAAUCAUCUGAAGUCUGACCUCCCACAAAAGGUCAUAGGCAGCGAAAAUGAUUCACCCAGCAGUUCUAGUGCAUCUGAAUCGGAUACAUCCAGCAACAUUGAUAUUGAUGGAAGAAACAACAAUAUUAUUAAGUCAACUGGGAAUGCAAAGAGGAUUGAUCAGAUUGGAGUUGGCGGGAAACAUAUUGAGUUGUCCAACAAAGCUGGUGAAACUCAAAAGGGUCCUAGUAGAAGUACUCGUCGUAAAAAGGCAAAAAGACAUUGGUUGAGGGAAAGAGCUCAAAAUGAGCAACAGCAGCUGUUAUUGGAAACAAGUGUUGAUCAAGGACCUAGUCAGAAUGAUGAUGCUGAUAUGGAUGAUGACACUGUUCCUGUGGUAGUUAAGCCCGGACACAUUCGCUUUGAGCCAGUUGGAAAAGUGGCUGCGGAUCAGACUGAAAAACAACCAAACCACUUGCCUUUGGAGACAUUACACUGGAAUGGCAUAACCAACAAGAAGAAGGGUCAGAAAUGGGGCAAAGAGAAAACUUCAUCUUUGAAUAGGAACAAUUCUAACAAUCAUACAGACGAACCUCUUCGGUUGCCUACUACUGAAGCUGAGCAACAUACAAUUUCAGCACCUGUAGUCGGUCUCAUAAAUUUUGAUGAACUUGAACCGUGCAGUGGCUUGCCUCAGAAAGGUGAUGUAGUUGCAUAUCGUUUGAUUGAGUUAUCAUCAACCUGGACACCUGAGAUUUCCUCCUUCCGAGCUGGUAAAGUAUCAUGGUACGACACUGAAUCCAAUCGAAUUAUGCUAAAUCCAGUUCCAGAAUACCCAUUACCUGUUAAAAAGGAGAUGGACGAGGAUUCUGCAUUACACUUAGAUUCAACCCCAUAUGGUGAAAAUGGCUCUUUAAAGAUAGAUUUUGCCUCUCUUGUUGAUCUUCGGCUUAUCAGGCAAGGAAGCUUGGAUUCUUCAAAAACUAUGGUUAACCAGGAAAACACUUCUGCUAAACAAAGUGCAGAAAGUUCCAUAUUCGCCCAUAGCAUCGGAAAUGCCAACGACACUAAACAAGGUAAUGGAAAAGUAACUGCGUGGGAUGAAAUCAGCGAGGCUCUGAGUGCAAAGAAAGCUGAACUUACUAAGAAUGAUGGUUGGAAUCGAGAAGAAAGUUCAGGAAGGAGGCCAGAUGGUAGGAAUCAAGAAGAAAGUUCAGGAAAAAGGUCAAGGUCCUGUAGGGCACUCAGAGGCAGCGCCCUUGGUCCAAUAGUGGCUCUAUUAAGAGCUCGUAAUGAAAUCUAAGAAAAAUCUUCUGGGUCCAAACAUUGUCCCUGUAUUUUUGCUGCUCAGAAGUCAGAAGAUACGCUCUUGUAUAGUUUGGAAUCUGUUGGUGCUAAUUUACUGUGAUAGUGCUGCCUUCUACCGUCAAGCUCAGACUCGUUAGUGAACUUUGGUUAAAGGCAUUUUUUGGUUGGAAUUAGGUGACAAUAGGAUUGCAUGCCAGACCAACUAGACGUCCUGCACUGCCAAAUCUAUAUAAGCUGUUGAUGAUGGAGCUUCCAAGGAUGUUAUCUAUAGUUUUGUCACAAUGGAAAGCAUCUCUCUCAAAUUAUAAAUGCAUGGGAAUUUCGGUAGCUUCAACAUUUA